AUGGAAGCAUUACAAAAACCGCAAAUAAUUUGUCACUCUGAAAAAGUUAUCAACUAUUCGGUUCAUGAUGUUAAGUGGAUACCUUGUUCAGCAAAAUUCGUGGCUCUUGGUGGAAAGGCAAACGGAUCUGGUAUAGCUGAAAUUUAUACAUUAACCACCGAAGGUAUUGAAAAAGUAAGUGAGUUUGCAACAAGAGAUCAUUUCAAGUGUAGUACAUUCGAAGCAUCUAGUUUAAGAAACAGACAUUUAGCAACUGGUGAUUUUUCCGGACGGUUACAAGUAUGGGACUUGGAAGACACCAUAUGGCCUGUGUAUAAAACAACAGCUCAUACAUCAAUAAUUAACGCGAUUGAUGGUGUAGCUGGUGCUAGUGCAGGGUGUGGGGCACCAGAAAUAGUGACCGGGUCUCGCGACGGUACAGUUAUGGUGUGGGACGUACGUCAAAAAGAUACACCGGUAGCCAAAUUUAUUCCUUCAACGGAAGCUUCGGCUCGAGAUUGUUGGUCGGUUGCAUUUGGCAACUCUUAUAAUAACGAAGAAAGAGUUAUAGCUGCGGGAUAUGAUAACGGAGAUAUUAAAUUAUACGAUUUAAAAACAAUGUCACUCCGUUGGUCUAAAUGCGUUAAAAACGGUGUAGUUGGAUUACAAUUUGAUAGAAAAAACAUUCCGAUGAAUAAAUUGGUCGCCACUACUUUAGAAUCUAAAAUAUUCUGCUACGACGUGAAAACAAAACAUCCAAAGAAGGGUUACGCUUGUGUAACGGAAAAAGCGCAUGCGUCGACGGUUUGGAGCGUGAAACAUCUCCCUCAAAAUAGGGAGAUCUUCAUGACUACCGGUGGUGCUGGAAGUUUAUGUUUAUGGAAAUAUACAUACCCGAAUAAACGUGUGGAACAAGAUGCAGACGGUAUACCUUAUGGAGUGGCUGGAGAAUUGUCUAAUUUACAGAACUCAACUCUCUCUGAACAACCGAUAAGUUCUUUUGAUUGGUGUGUGGAUAAAUUAGGUUUAGCUGUUUGUUGUUCCUUUGAUCAGACAAUUAGAAUUUUGAUUGUAACAAAACUGAACUUGUAUUAA